UGUAUCUUCUUCCCUCCAUUUUCCUCCGCCACAAGACGCCCUUGGGUUGUCAGAUAACCAUAUCUGAAUCUUCUUUGACACUUAAGAGAUUUGUUCAAAUUAUUCCUCCUACUUCUUUAUCUGAAUCACACACAAACACACACACGAUUUCACAGUUAGUGUGUGUAAAUUCGAGUCUGAUCAAACAAAGCUUCAUCCAUGGCCGGCCAUCGUGAUCAAAAUCUGUUCGGUCAUGACGAUGAUAUCAAUCCUUUUGCAAGUCAUAACAACAAUCAUCGAGUCCCUCCAAGCUCCAAGUUAUCAACUCUUGGUCAUGAACCUGCACUUGCCUACGGUCAUGGCGGCGCUGCACCACAUACUUCUCUAGAUACGCCUACGAAAUUAAAGAAGAAGAGACAGGAGUUGGAAGCUAAGGAGGCUGAAUUGAACAAGAGAGAAGAGAUCCUGAAACGAAAAGAAGAAGCAAUAGCAAAAUCUGCUGUUGCUGGCAUUAGAGUUAAAAAUUGGCCUCCAUUUUAUCCCCUUGUACAUCACAAUAUUGCGGGUGAUAUACCAAUUCACCUUCAAAGAAUACAGUAUGUUGCAUAUGCAAUAUUAUUAGGAGUACCAAUUUCGCUUUUUUGGAAUCUUAUAAUGAGUAUAGCAGUAUUUGCAAGUGGGGCAGAGGGUGCCUUUGUGUUCUUCUCUGCAAUCUACUUUUUGUUAGGGCCUCCGGGAGCCUUUUACUUUUGGUAUCGUCCACUGUAUCGUGCAAAUAGGACUGAUAAUGGUACAAGCUUUGGUUGUUUUUUCUUCAACUUCUUCAAUCACAUCUUGUUCUUUACCUUUGCUGCAAUUGGUCCCCGCAUAUUAUUUGUUGGGCUACAUUUUGCUGGGAUCUUGAAUGCAAUAAGUCUCAUGAAAGACCAUCCCGCACUCGGGAUUAUGAGCUUUAUAGGAUUUGUAUUGUUUGCAAUUGAGGCAAUUGUAAGCAUAUGGGUUUUCCAACAAGUCUAUCGGAACUUUCGUGGUCAUGGCAAAUCAGCUACAAUACGAAUCGACCUUUAAGGCAAAGAAAAUAGUCCAAUAUCUCUUUUCAACUAAAAAUAGUUCUGCAAUGAGUAUGAGAUCGCGCAGUGUUUCGUUUAUGGAUUGUUGAUUGUUUAUUGUUAUUUAUAAACAAUAAUCUUUUAUUUGUGACUAAAUUUUAUUUUUUUUUUUGAAAUAGUGAUUAAUUGUUAUAGACAUUUAUGAUAUUUUUGACG